CUGGCCGUGUGACGGGAAAGGGGCCCUCAUUCGCGCCCGCAAUUAUUUUUUUUCUUUUGAAGGGCGCGUGUGCACACACACAGAGCAGUGGGAAAAAACUUUCAAAUAAUCACCACUAUGGCUUCGUCAUGGAGCCUGUCUAUGGAGCCUCAAAUGCACAUGCGUUUAAGGACCAGAAAGCCGAGCUGGUCAGGGAGCUGUUCAUAACUUUUUUAGAAGAGUUUUCUUCUGAUGGCCAAACAAAAGACUACCUGGUCCAACUUCGUACCAUGAAAGAGAAUUUAGGAAACAGCGUCUACAUCGACUAUGCGCAGGUUCUGUCCUUCAACGUUUUGUUGGCGACGGCGAUCGAACAGGACUAUUGCCACUACGAAAAUCAGCUCCGAAUGGCGGUCCAGAUUUUGGUGAGAAGAUACCACGAGGACUACGCGAUUGAAUGCAGUAACUCUCGGGACAAAGAAUUUUGGGUUCAUUUCUACAAUUUGUCGACUGUUUCCAAACUUCGCGACUUGAAAUCCUCCACCAUUGGCCAGCUGUCUUCUUUUUGCGCUACCAUCACGAGAACGAGCGACGUGCGCCCGGAACUUCUUUUUGGAUCCUUCGUAUGCCUAGACUGUCAGACUCGGGUCAACAACUUGGAACAGCGCUACCGCUACACGGAGCCCUUCAUAUGCAAGAACAACGCGUGCCAGAACACGUCCAGGUGGCACCUGGACAUUGAAGAGAGCAAGUUCGUCGAUUGGCAGAAGGUGCGGGUUCAAGAAAAUACCAACGAAAUUCCGCCCGGAUCCAUUCCCAGACACAUGGACGUGAUUCUCCGCCAAGACGCCGUCGAGAAGGCCAAAGCGGGCGACAAGUGCAUUUUUACCGGCAUGCUCAUUGUUAUUCCUGACGUGUCUGCCAUGAGAUACCCAGGCGGAUCCGUCCAGUCCGUGCCGGAAUUGCGCGCGGGGAAGAACAACAGAGAAACUUUAGAAUCUGAAGGUGUUACCGGUUUAAAGAGUUUGGGCGUUCGCGAGCUGACAUAUCGCCUCGCGUUUCUUGCGUCCGCCGUGCAGCCGGCGCACACGCAGAUCAACAUGAUCAACAUUCGAGAUGACAUCUUAGAAGAGGAGGACAUCGCGUCGCAGUUUACCGCUGAGGAAAAGGAGGAAAUUUAUCGAAUGCGGAAAGACCAUAAUUUGUACCGCAAACUAGCUCGAAGCAUCGCGCCCACUAUAUUCGGCCACGACGAUAUCAAGAAGGGCAUUCUGCUGAUGCUCUUCGGCGGCGUGCAUAAAUCCACAAAGGAGGGAAUGGCUUUGAGGGGAGACAUCAACGUCUGUAUCGUGGGCGAUCCAUCGGUCGCCAAAUCUCAGUUCCUCAAAUACAUCAUCGGCCUUGUUCCACGAGCCAUCUAUACGUCCGGAAAAGCGUCCAGCGCCGCCGGCCUCACGGCUACCAUCGUGAAGGACUCCGACACUGGCGAAUACAACAUAGAAGCCGGCGCGCUCAUGCUUGCCGACUCCGGAAUUUGCUGUAUCGACGAAUUCGACAAGAUGAACCCAUCGGACCAAGUAGCAAUUCACGAAGCCAUGGAACAACAGACCAUCUCCAUAUCCAAAGCCGGCAUCCACGCAACGCUGAAUGCCAAAACGUCCAUUUUAGCUGCUGCCAAUCCCAUAGGGGGACGGUACGACAAAAGCCGCAGUCUAAAGGCCAACUUGACGAUAACACCGGCCAUCAUGUCCAGAUUCGACCUCCUGUUCGUCGUCUUGGAUAAAAACGAUCCGGUAAUCGAUUGCAACAUUGCGAGACACAUCGUCGGCGUUCACCAGAUAAGAGACCACGCCCUAAAGGCCGACUACACGCAGCAGCAAAUUCAGCGCUACAUACGAUUCGCUCAGUCGGUGAAGCCACAACUGAGCCAGAGAGCGCUUGGCCGCAUUGUCGAAGAGUACUGCAAGCUGCGGGCGAACGACCAAGGAAAAGGAAAAAUGGCCUGGAGGAUCACCGUUCGCCAACUGGAGUCAAUCAUCCGCCUCUCUGAAGCAAUAGCGCGCGUACAUCUAGAAGAACUGAUCACGGAGACGUUUGUCGAAGAAGCCGUGAGACUUCUCAAGCAAUCCAUCGUCAACGUCUACUCCGAAGACGUGGAAAUCGAACACGAUCUAAGAGAAGGGCCACUUUAUAACGGAAGCAACGACGUGUUCAAUCAGUCGCCCGGUCCCGUUCCCGAUGAACCAGCGCCCCUUCCAGCAGAUGACGCACCCACUAGCGGUCUCCCCUGUCCGACCCCUGUCAAAGGGGGAAUCGUGAAGGCAAAAAUGACAAGAGACGAAUACAACCGAAUUCGAAACCUCCUCAUCCUUUACUUUCACCGCUACAACGAGAUGAACCCUGAGUGCAAGGUAGUCACUCAGCACCAAUUGCUGAACUGGUACCUGGAAGACAACGCGGAUCUUCUUAAAAGCCACGAAGACGUUCAUUACCAGCGUGCCAUCAUCUCCGCUGUGAUCAAUAGGAUGAUAUCCUCUGACAGAAUGUUCACCGUUUUGAAAGACAGCAAAAACAAAAAUGACAGGUUGCUGACCACCUCCGAAGAUUUCCACCUCGACGAAUUCGGCUUCUGAGCUCCACGUUCCUCACGUGCGCCGCGGAAUCUUCCUCCUGCUCGACCCAGUGACCCGUCUUCAUGAGAGGGGCACUCGACUCCGAAUGUAACUCGCAGCUGUACCUCGUCGGUGACAUUUGCGCAGACCACCCUCUUUCUUCGAGCCAAUACGGGCGACCACUAUAUCUCGUGCGCGAAUCUGCGCGUCAACACCUGCUCUUGCGUUUUCAAGCUUUCGGGUAAACGGAAAAUUUUUGCGAAAAAGUCUAAAUGUCACCGCAACGGGGGCUAGCACCUGCUUCCAUGAAAAAGUCGUGUAAAAAAAACUUGGGAGCUAAAAAUCGGACGCAAUACUUUUACCAUUAGUUCUCAGUAUGUACGACAACCGCGGUUCAGCUUUGCAUAAACAAUGACGAUUCAUCACUUUCUUUAUUUCUUUACGUCAAA